ACUAAUCAAUGUACAGUCAAAACCUACAAAGUAAGAAACGAAGCUGUCCGCAAAACUGAGAAAUGCGGCGCUCCAUUCCUCCAAUGUCGCCAUUGUUAAAGUUCAGGAGCUUUCCGUUUCUUUCUCACUCUCACUCUCACUCUCGCUUUCAUUCUUCCUUUCAGAAUGCUGAUGAUGCCGUCUCACACUUCAACCGCAUGCUCCAAAUGCAACCUACCCCUUCCAUCAUCGAAUUCAACAAGAUUUUAACUUCUCUUGUUAAGACCAAGAAGCAUUACCCCACCGCCAUUUCACUUUCUCACCAAAUGGAACUUAAGGGAAUUGCGCCAAACAUUGUUACUCUCAGCAUCUUGAUCAAUUGUUACUGCAAUCUAGGUCGAAUCACCUCCGCAUUUUCUGUAUUGGCCAACAUUCUCAAGAGAGGUUUUCAGCCUGAUACCAUCACCUUCACUACUCUUAUCAAAGGUCUCUGUCUUCGCGGCAAUGUUCACAGAGCUCUGCAAUUUCAUGAUGAGGUGCUGGCAAAGGGAUUUCAGUUGAACCAAGUCACUUACGGGACCUUGAUCAAUGGCCUAUGUAAAAUAGGGGAAACAAGUGCUGCUUUGGAGUUGCUUAGGCGGAUUCAAGGGCGAGGGAUUAAACCUGAUGUGGUAAUGUACAGCAUCAUCAUUGAUAGCCUGUGUAAAGAUAAACUUGUAAGUGAUGCUUGCAAUUUAUAUUCUGAAAUGAUUGUCAAGGGAAUAUCUCCUGAUGUUGUCACGUACAAUGCUUUAAUAUAUGGCUUUUGCAUUGUUGGUCAAUUGAAACAAGCAAUUGGGUUGCUAGAUGAAAUGGUAUUGAAAAACAUAGACCCAGAUGUUUAUACUUAUAAUAUAUUGGUCGAUGCUUUAGGUAAGGAAGGGAAGGUGAGAGAAGCUAAGAACAUGUUAGCUGUGAUGAUUAAACAAGGUGUGAAACCUGAUGUUGUUACUUAUAGUUCCUUGAUGGAUGGGUAUUGCCUAGUUAAUGAAGUGAAUAAAGCCCAAGAUGUAUUCAAUGCUAUGGCUCAGAGGGGAGUGACUCCUAAUGUUCAGAGCUACAGUAUUAUGAUCAACGGAUUAUGUAAGAUUAAAAUGGUGGAUGGAGCGCUAAAUCUCCUUGCAGAAAUGGAUUCCAAAAAGAUUAUUCCUGAUAUAGUGACUUACAAUUCUCUUAUUGAUGGUUUAUGCAAAUCGGGGAGAGUCUCUCAUGCUUGGAAGCUUCUUGAUCAGAUGCAUGUUAGAGGUCAACCAGCCAAUAUAAUCACCUACAGUUCUUUAUUGGACGCUUUAUGCAAAAGCCAUCAUGUUGACCAAGCAAUUGCACUAAUCAAGAAAAUUAAAGACCUGGGUAUUCAGCCUGAUGUGUGGACGUACAAUAUACUUCUGGGUGGACUGUGCGAAGGUGGAAGAUUGAAGGAUGCACAAGAGAUUUUUCAGGAUCUUUUGAGAAAAGGCUAUCAUCUAACUGUCCAAACAUAUACUAUUAUGAUCAAUGGGCUUUGUAAAGAAGGCUUGUUUGAUAAAGCGUUGGCCUUAUUGUCAAAAAUGGAAGAUGAGGGCUGUAUUCCUGAUGCUAUAACUUUUGAAAUAAUUAUUCAGUCACUCUUUAAGAAAGGUGAGAAUGACAAGGCAGAGAAACUUCUUCGUGAAAUGAUUGCUAGAGACUUAUUGUAAGAGUAAAACUGGGGUAGAACAGAGGAGAAGAGGGUCGAAGUGGGUAGAACAAAGGUGACGCUCGCCAGAAAAUGGUCAGAGAUCUUGUUGUGGUGGUCGCCGGCCAGUUCUGGGUCGAAGGAAUGGAGGGUCGAAGAGAGGGAAAGGCUGAACAAAAUCAAAGUUCUAGGGUUUUUUCUAUUGUGGAAACCUGAAAAUCCUCCUAAGUAAAAAGCCCCAACAUUUACAUUUUGAGGGCAUUUUUGGAAAUUUAUGACCUUCGUUAUCCGGCCAGGAUAAUGAACUUGGCAGGAUGGGAAAAUUCGUCCCAGGGCAUGGGUGGGAUGGGAACCUGAGAUCCUGCUGGAUCCCGCUGGGAUUGACAACUUAAUUUUGUUGUUUUAAAUUUUCUGCAGCUGUGCUAUGACGAUAGAUGUCUUAUAUUGCCUUCAUGAAAUGGGAAGCUUAUAAACUUCUGCUGCACUGUUCUAACUCUUUCAAUUGUUCUCUUACUUCUCUAUAAAUAGCCCUUGAAGGUUUGACAGGUUCAUGGCAAAAGAGUUUCCCAAAGGAAUGGAAGUUGUCAUGGGUUUGUGAUUUGUUAUAUUUUCGGAGUUUCAGCUUUUGAAAAGCAUAGCAACUGGCAUGAUUUAAAAAUUGUGUAUGGAAAUUAUCAUUGGGCUAGUAACUUCAUUAUUACUUACCUUGCCGUGAGCUAGAAUGGAUCUCACUUUUCUUCUACAAGACCAAGUUGGUGGCCUCAAGUUUUCUAUGAAAACCAGUGGGUUGAUGUCAGAUGCAUUCCUGGUGCUUUGGUCUUUAAACUGGGUGACAUGAUGCAACAGCUGUGUUAUCAAGAUAGAUGUCUUAUAUUCCCUUCAUAAGUGAAAUGGGAAGCUUAUAAACACCUGCUGGGUUGUUCCAACUUCCAACUCUUUUAAUUGUCCUCUAAAAAUGGGCCUUUGAACGUUUGACUGGUUCAUGGCAUAAGAGUUUCCCAAAGGGAUGGAAGUUGUAAUGGGUUUUGUGAUUUGUUAUAGUUUCGGACUUUGAGCAUCUGAAGAGCAUCACUGGAAUGAUUUUAAAGUUGUGUAUUGAAAGUAUCAUCAGGCUUGUCAGGCAAACUGGUGUUUAGGCAUUUAAUCUAGAAGUUGGUCAUGACUUGUGAAUGGAUUGUUAUAUUGUCACUAUUUGCAACCUAACUUAUGACAGAGAACAGCUUAUCUUCAGCUUCCUCAGAGACAUCCGCAGUCUGAGCCUACUCUGCUUGUUGUUUUCUUUCAAUUCUGCACUUCUAUAAUGUAUAAAUACAUAGAACAAAUGUGAUAAAAGAGAUGGAGAAAAAAAGGAGAUUAUGCAGCUAAGGCCUCAUAAAUGCAAUGAUAUCUGUAACUGAAUAUAUUCAAGAGUUCUGCAACAAUGCACUAAAAUUA